AUGGAGAACGAGUCGCUGCGCACUUUGCGCACGAGCAAGACCGACUGUCGCGCGUUUGCGCACUCGCACGUGAAAGACUUGGGCGUGACGGGACUCAGCGAGUUGGACGACAGCGUGAUUUGCGGGCUGGUCGGACAGAAGGACUGUCGCUUGGGCCUCGCGCUGCUCGCCGACCUGAUCAAGAGCAAGCGUUUCGGAGGAAAAGGCAUUUUGCUGGUGGGCCCGCCGUCGAGCGGAAAGACGGCGCUGGCGGUCGCGCUGAAAAAGCAGCUGGGCCCGCUGACGCCUUUCUGCCACAUCUCGGCGUCCGAGCUGUUCUCCCGCGAAAUCAAGAAGACGGAGGCGCUGAUGGAGUACGUGCGCCGCAGCACGGGCGUGCGGCUGCGCGAAGUGAAAAACGUGUACGAGGGCGAACUGAUGUCGAUGGCGCUGCAGGAGUCUGCGAACCCGCACGGCGGGCUGAACAAGGUGGUUAGCGCGAUUGUGGCGACGCUGCGCGCGUCGAACGGCACGCUGACGCUGAAGCUUGCGCCCUCGCUGCACAGCAGCUUUCAGCGCGAGGAAAUCAGCAUUGGCGACGUGGUGUACAUCCAGGCGGACGCCGGCGUGGUUAAGCGGCUCGGCCGCUGCGAGAGCCACGCGAACACGUCGGAGGUCGACCUCGAGGACUUCGUCGCGCUGCCGCGCGGCAGCGUAUACAGCGUCAGCGAGCAGGUGCACGACGUCACGCUGCACGACUUGGACCAGGCGAACUGCCAGCCGAACGAGCAAGGCGACCUGGCGGCGUUGGUUGCAAGUCUGCGCGCGCCGAAGAGCGGCGAGGCGACCGCGCGGCUGCGGCUGGAGGUUGACCGGCUGGUGUUGCGACACGAAGAACAGGGCCGCGCGGAGAUUUUUCCGGGCGUACUGUUCAUCGACGAGUCGCACGCGCUGGACGUCGAGUGCUUCUCGUUUCUGAACAAGUUGAUGGAGUCGGAGAACUGUCCCACUUUCGUGUUCGCGACGAACCGCCUCGAGGCGGACUUGCGCGUUUCGCAGACGGAGCUGACGGGCGGCGCGUUCGAGCAGUGCGUCUUCGGGAUGCCCCCGGAUUUUCUCGACCGGUUGGUGGUGCUGCGCACGAGCGCGAUGACGCUCGCGGAAGCCGUCGAGUUGAUGGAGCUUCGCGCGCGCGAGGAGGCGCUGCACUUCGACGACGCGGCGGUGCAGGCGCUCGCGCAGCUCGCGCUGAGCGAGUCGGUGCGGCGCGCGUUUCAGCUGAUGGCGCCCGCGUGGGUGCUGGCGCAGCACCGCGCGAGCGCAGAGAUACAGCGCGUGGAUGUGGAAACGGCGGCCGCGUUAUUUUGCGCCGGGAAAUCUCCGUGUGAGUGA